CAAGGGACUGCCUAAAAUCUUUCCUCUUCUAUGAAUUCUUAUCCUCCCUUUUUUGAGGGAUUUUCACAUUGGGUGGAACGGGAUUUGUCUGCUUUUUACCGUGCAUGAAAAAAGUUUAGUUUUAUGGAGAUGGGCAGUGUUAAACCCAUUAUUGAGGCCAAAUCACUUGUACAGCAAAGGAAAUAGUUUUCUUUCUGUAGUCCUUUCCUUUUCUUUUCUUUUUUUUUUUUAAAGGAACAUGGAAAUGCUCAACACAGCUUGCAGAAGUUUUUUUUUUCCAUUAUAAAAUUAAAAUCCGUCCAGUUCUUUCUUCCUCGUCCCUCCUUUUCCACAUUCGGAGCUGCCAGUUCAGAUAAUGGGUUCUCACCUCUUGGUAAUCACAAACUGCCAAGAAGUUCUCUGUCAGCAUCCAUGAAAUGGAUCUCUGGGACGGUGUUAAUGAUAUUCUAGUCCAGAUCCUCUCUCUGCCUGCUUCUUUCUGCUUUCUAGUUUCUACUGUGAUCAUUUUCAGCUAGUUCAGCCCAAACUCCAUUUCCAACUUCAAAACACAAUUAGCUUUGUCGGAUUCAUACCAAGCCAUGCAUGAUUCAAUUGGAAUUCCUGCUUGCUUCUCAUUUGGGGAGAGGCCAAGUAAUGAUCCAGCUUCAGUAAUCAGGUCAGGGCAGAGUGUGUUUAUGUCAGUGUACCAGACAAAGAUCGUUGGUCAGUGUCGCCUCAUCACAAUCACUUGGUGUAAGAAUCUGCUACUUCACGGUCUUUCCAUCUGUGUUCAAGGACCCGAAGGAAGCGAGCAAUAUCAGUGUAAGGUCGAGAUGAAGCCAUGGUACUUCUGGAGGAAACAAGGCUCCAAGCAUUUUGAAGUGGAUGGGCGAGCUGUUGAUGUGGUUUGGGACCUCAAGAGUGCAAAAUUCAAUGGGGAGACAGAGCCACAGUCAGAUUACUAUGUUGCCGUCGUCUGUGAAGAGGAAGUUGUUUUACUUAUUGGGGAUCUCAAGAAAGAUGCCUUCAGAAAGACAGGUUGUCGGCCAGCUUUGAUUGAGCCGACGCUGGUUUCAAAGAAGGAACACGUAUUUGGGAAGAAAAUGUUCUCCACCAGAAUCCAAUUCCAUGAGAAAGGCAAGCUCCACACCAUCUCAAUCGAGUUCAUCAACGUCCACACAAAUCCCAGUUUUUCUGAUUCGUUCGAUCCAGAGCUGGAGAUGAGGAUCGACGGGCAACCAGCAAUCAAGAUCAAGCACCUUCACUGGAAGUUCAGAGGCAACGAAUCUGUACUAAUCAGCAGAACAAGAUUAGAAGUUUACUGGGAUGUCCAUGAUUGGCUAUUUGGGUCAGGUCCAAGGUACGGGCUUUUCAUAUUCAGGCCAAUGUGUUCAUGGUCUGAAUCUCCAUCAUCAUCACUUGCAUCAGCAUCGCCAACUCCUCCAGUUCCAGCCUCUUUAACAUCAACAGGAAUGUCCUUGAGAGAAGUGAUUGCUACAUCAGGGGAUGUUGAGAGCGGUGGUGGGGCGUCCAAAUUUUGCUUAUUUCUUUAUGCUUGGAAGAUGGAAUGAAGAAUCCUGAAUGUGCUUGCUUGCUAAUGGAAAGAUAUGGGGAAAUCAAAAGUGGGUUGUGCAAGUUUUACAAAUUUAGUGAUGAAUCAAUCGGAUUUAGCUCCCAAUUCCCCAGAAAGAAUACAGGAGAGAGAGAGAGAGAGAGAAAAGAAUAUUUUAGAAGAUUGAUGAGCAACAAAUGGACCCAUCAUGAGGGAGAGAUUGAAUUAUAAAAAGGACAGGAUUAGACAUGCCAGAUAGGAGGAUCAUCUUCAAGCCCAAUUAUCAUCCCUAUCUUCAUUGCCCAUCACCACUACAUCAUAAUCUUACAGUGACGGGUUUGUUUUCUUUUUUCAUUUUAUAAUUUUCUAUUUUUGUGUUUGCUAUAUAUAUAAACUUGCAUUGGAAUGUCUACAUCUACCAUAUGAAUAUAUGUCCCCAAAUUUCAUUAA